AUGUGUGAGUUAAGCAGGCGAGCAAGAGCGUUCUCAGUUGAAGCUCUCAUUGGAGUUAAACGUCAAAGAAUUGAAGAAACAGAUAUCCGGCAGAAGAUAAAUGACGUAGAAAUUAAAAACCCUUACAAUAAGGCUCACCAAACAGCAACAACAUCCAAAAAUAAUGCACCUGAGGUUGACAGCGCGGGAGCAAAGAAGCUGAACACUGUAACUGAAGGAGACACAUUGGAGUUACAGCGGCGUCACAGGCUGAAGAAGAACCUGAAGGUGGAACUGUGUUCCAGGGAACUCUGGCGAAAGUUCCAUGCUCUAGGUACAGAGAUGAUUAUUACGAAAGCUGGGAGUAGGCGAAUGUUCCCCACAGUGAAGGUACGGCUCAGCGGGCUUGAACCUACAGCCUCCUAUAUCGUGUUCCUGGACAUCGUGCCUGUGGACGACAAACGAUAUAGAUACGUGUACCACAGUUCUCAGUGGAUGGUGGCGGGUUCUGGGGAUUCUCCCCUUCAUCACAAUCUGUACGUCCACCCGGACUCAGCAGCCACUGGUCAGCUCUGGAUGGCUCAGGGGGUUGUCGCGUUCGAUAAGCUGAAAUUAACAAACAACAGAAAGCCUCUAGUCAGAGGUCAGAUUUCUCUGCAUUCGAUGCAUAAAUAUCUGCCCCGGGUGCAUAUUCUGCCGACCACAGACCUGGAGACACCGGCAGAGUGCCAAGCGUGUGUGGAACGUGCCCUCACGUACACAUUUCCAGAAACAACGUUCAUCACAGUAACAGCUUAUCAGAAUCAGCAAAUAACUCGCCUGAAAAUUGCCAGUAAUCCAUUUGCUAAAGGCUUCAGAGAAGCAUCAAGAACCAGGGAUUCACUGGACAACACUCAGCAUCAAAGAUCAGAAUUUCCAGCACCACCACUAGUUCGAUCUUCCACAUUCUAUCCAGCUGAUCUGCUUGCAAUGCCUCCAGAUUUCACCAUGCCACCUUCUUUUUCACCAUCAUCAACAUCAUUGUUUCUAUCAGGGAGGUCCUCAUUGGAUCCUUAUUGCAUCCCUGGUAUAUGUUCUACAUUGCUUCAUCCAAACCAGAAUCCAUAUGGAUACCAUUCAGCUCCACCAAGACCUCCACCCCUUACAUUGCCUGUAAAAUUUGUAGUGCCUCCAAGAACUGACAAUGUUCUGAGUGACCCUACAAGGCGAUUAUGUUUUGAGGACAGUUCAUCUGAUGAGAAUAUGAACAUAUUGACAAAUAAUGAACAUUGCAAAAAGAUCUGUAUUGAUAAUUAUUCUAGAAUCAUUUUGGAAGAAAAUAACUCAAGACGAUACAUUUCUGAGUACUUUAAAGAUGUAUACCUUAAUAAUUCACACAGAAACCUUUCUACUGAUAGUCAUCAAUCAACAGACAGUGAUGAACCACGUACAAACAUUAUUGCAGAUAAACAACCAAGGAAAAAUUCAGUAGAGAAUUUUAAAAAACUAUGCAAUGUUGAUGAUAAAUCCAAAAUACUGCCAAAUGGUGUGCACUAUAGGAGAUCAGUUUCUAAAGACAUUCUCACUCAACAAAGAAUAACAGAGGAAAUAUCCUCAAAAUCACAAAGUAAUAUUCAAAGGUUUCUAGUGGAUCCAGUAGUAUCAGUUGUAUGUGAUAAACAAAGUUGUGAAAGAAAAGAAUCAAAAUUAUUUACAGCACAUAGGUUAGAAUCAAAUUCACAAAAGAUAACAGCUGCAUCUCCACUGGAUCUGACAAAACUUAAGUAAAUUCAUAUUCGUAAUUUAUAAAAUGCCCCAGGGCUGUUAUUCUGUCUUUGUUAUCUAGGAUCUAUGUUUCUACUGAACAGAAAUUACCCCUGUUUCGAUUUUAUUUAAAGCCCUAUUGUUUUAAACAAUCUGAUUUAUAUAGCAUUGUUCUAUAUAGGACUAAAUUAAAUAUUUAACUAUUCAAUAAAUUAUUGACCAACAGAUGCCCUCAAGGUGGACUGAAGACAGAGGUUUUGGGGUAUAGAUAUUCAACAUCUUCCCUAUCUAUAAUAUCUGGGAUGUUAUUUAAAUGUAAACAGAAGGAAAUUUUUGUAAUAACAAAUAUAAAAUAUAAGUCAUCUCCAAACAAGAUCUAUGCAAGUACAUUCUAGAUAUGAU